UCUAGGUCACUCACCUAUCUCCCUAUCAAACUAAUCCCAUCUCAAGCUUUCAGAGGACUUAAUGAGGUCAUAAAAAUAGAAAUCUCUCAGAGUGAUUCUCUGGAAAAGGUAGAAGCUAAUGCCUUUGACAACCUCCUCAAUUUGUCUGAAAUACUGAUCCAGAACACCAAAAACCUGGUGUACAUCGAGCCUGGAGCAUUUAGAAAUCUCCCCCGGUUAAAAUACCUGAGCAUCUGUAACACAGGCAUCCGAAAGCUUCCAGAUGUUACAAAGAUCUUCUCCUCUGAAUUUAAUUUCAUUCUGGAAAUUUGUGAUAACUUACACAUAACCACCAUACCAGAAAAUGCUUUUCAAGGGAUGAAUAACGAAUCCAUAACACUGGUGAGAGCAGUUGUGCGGGAUUGCAGCUGUGUCAUGUGUUCACACAACCACGAACUGACCCAUUCGGUUUAA